AUGUUACCUCGCGGACUGCUUGCUGCUGAGAGGGCGAGGGUGAACCGGAGACAGAACAUAGCACCUUGCCCGGGAGGAGAUGGAACGACCAUUGGCACCUUCCAAAACUUCACGGUGUUUUGCAACACAGAUCUCGAGGGCAAUGUACUCACCAUCCUAGACGCCUUCGACUUCACGGCGUGCGUUGACCUUUGCUCCUCGCACCACCCCAAAUGUGAGGGCGCUUCGUUUGACGGCUCGCGCUGUACCUUAAGGGCACCGGCACGGCCUGAGCAGCGUCGCUCAAGAAGGAUGGAAUCUGCCAUUGGCUUUUUCCCAGGUGCAACCUCGAAUUGCCCGACGCUACAGGGAGAACAGCAGGCGCUCGGCACUGCGUUCACAGUCAUGUGCGGCUUUGUCAUCGCUGGAAACGACAUCAGCCAGAACUUCGCGCCUACCUUCCAGGACUGCAUGGGCCAAUGCGCGUCAACGACUGGAUGUGCAGCCGUGACGUUUGACCCAAGCCAGGAUCAGGGAUUCAAGAACUGUUACCUCAAAACAGACGGGAUCGCCCCCAGCGCCAUCGUAGCAGACCGACGUACCGAUACCGCCAUGGUAGUGAACGGUGCUCAGGUUCCUUCCGAAGACACAGACCCUGGCGUGUCAACUGUUCCCCUCCCUUCUCCAUCCGGCGCCCCAGCUGGGUCAGUCAACGACAUCGUCUUUUUCACACCGCCUGGAGGAGGAGGAGCCCCUCCGGAUUCGUCGGCCGCCGUCGCGGCGCCUGAAUCCUCGGCCGCAGCAACCACAACCCUCCUGGCUACGCCAUCAGCUCCUUUAGUAACAGGCGCGCCACCAUCAUCCUCCCCGUCCCCUGGAACACCACCAUUCAUUUUUCCUGGCGUCGGAAGCCCCCCGACAUCCUCAACUGUCAUUCCCGGGACGGCUGGUCAAGACGCGGGCAACACGAGCUCAAGCAACGCGUGGGUUGCUGCCCCGGUGGUGGGCAGCAUCUCUGCGAUCGCGCUGAUCGCCGUCACCUUUGUCAUGCUCAGGCGACGGCUACGGGGUGGCCGGAAGGGUGGACGGCCAAAUAGUGCUGGCUCUUGGCGUCUGCCAAGCUUUCUGACUGCCUGGUUACCUGGCUCGUCGUCAUUGAGUCGCUCAAGGGGCCGCAGCACGGCGAGCGGCAGGAGGAUGGUCGGGAUCGGGAAUUUCUCCGAGGUCAAUGCCGGGCAGCAGAGCGCAGAGGUCCAGACUAGUGUCAGGAACAGCGUUGCAGGCUUCUUGACUGGGCGACCGGCAGGCAUGGAGAGGCUGGAGGAUGUCGAAGAGGCUGAUAGUAGUGAAGAAGCAGGGCGAUCCAGGGAAAAGAAGGAAACUCCCGUUUAUGAGGUCAAAAAGGGGAGAGUGGAGUUGAGGAGCAGCCUCAAUGGGCUGGGGCAGAAUAGAUGGUCCUAG